GACUGCAGGAAGCAACCAGGCAUCUCUAAGGACAGCUAAAAUGGGGUCCUCGCUAGAAGGACCCAUCGCAGAAGUAAACAAAAAAGAUGUCGAGCUAAUUAUCAAUUAACCAUCGAUUUUGGCUGAGGGCACUUGGUUGUAAGGUGUUAUUUCUCACGACAAGAUGGAAGAAGACCCCGAACUGGAAAAGCGUGCAGUGGAGGAGCUCCUCCGGGAGAAUGACCGGGCUCGGGUGAGAGCAGAGACCAUGGGCCCUGCAGGAUGGUUGAAGUGUCCCCUGGGGAGCACCAACAAGCGUUUCCUUCUAAACACCCUGCGCUCCACGGGCCUGCAGAGGCGCACCAGCGAGCCCAGAGCCGGACAGUCCUCCACAAGAGGGCGCCUGAGGAGAGGCGACUCCCCAGAUAGAAGCAGAGACCGCAGCAGAACACCUCCCAGAGAUCACAGGAGUAAAGGAGGACACACAGACCAUAAACACCAUCAUAGGGACAGCUGCAAUAACAAAGAUAAGAGGCAUGAGAAGGAAAAAGAGAGGAGUUACAGGCACAGAGAGAACAGAGAGUGGAGACAUGAGAGGGACGACAGCCAGAACAGAGACACAGACAGACUUUAUAAUGAGCUGUCCUGGAGAGGAGCACUGCUUUUAUAUAUGACACUCCUCCUACAGGGAGUGGACUCUCAAGACUGAGUUGUGACCAGACCUCACAGAGCUGCUGUGUACAGGUGGCCUGGUGGAAUAUGGAAAGAAAAAAAAGAGCCAGACGGGACAUUUAUUUUUAGUUCUUAAGCCUGCUGAGGGAGCAGGAUGGACAAACUGUUUAUUUUUGGAUAAUUUGGUGGAUAUUAUUGAGCAUAGACAAAAAAACAGUCUUUUUGGUACUCUGUUUUUCUUUUGGCAGAUUUACCUCUAAAUCUACAGAAAAAAAAAUAUGGAGGAACUUUUAUAGUUUAGGUAAUUUUAGUUUUAAUAAAACUCUAAACAAAU